GAAGAUAAAACCCUGAUAAAUACUUUCACACUGCUUUUACUUUACAACCAUCUUCACAUCUUGCUUUUGCUCUCAUCCUCUCGGCGAAUUCCCUGGCAAUGGCCGAGAUGAGCGGGGCGAAGGCGGCGAGCCUCGCCUUGCACAUCGUGGCGCUGGCGCUGUCGGUGGGCGCCGCCGUCGUGAUGGGCAGCGUCGUCUCCUACAACAGCGCUCUGGUCUACUUCGUGGUGGGCAGCGUCGUCUCGGCCGUCUGCUCGGCGCUGGCGCUCUACCUGUUCGUCGUGCACGGGGGCGGCGGCUCGAUCGUCGUGUCUCUCCUCGACGCCGCCGCGCAGGCCCUCCUGUUUUCGGCGUCCGGCGCGGCGCUCGCCGCGCGCGGCUGCUUCGCCGGCGGGGCGGACGCGUUCCGCGGGAGGGUGGGCAUCGCGGCGGCCGUUGGCACGUGCGCGGCCGCUGCCGUCUUGGUCGCGGCGCUGGCAGGGAACGCGCCACGCUAGGGCUCGCCCGCGGCGGUGGCUCUGCCUGCAAACACGGAUGCUCCAGCCCCGGCUGCUAGCAAUUGACAGCGUCAAGAUUCAGCGGGGGAAAACAGAGGAACUGCUUGUGGUUUGUACAACUGUAGAAAUGAUGAUGCAUUUUUUCUC